GCUUCAUUGUAGCAAUAUUUGCAAGCCUAGCCAACUUGUACCUUUCACACACAUGUACGCUUCAUACAUGCUUAAGUUCUUAUAAAAGGAGCAUGCAUUGUGCUUCCUCUCUGCCCAUAUCAUCAAGAGUACUCUUUCUUGGACUCUAGUAGUUCUCUUAAUUUCCACUACAUUUGAAACCUUAGACCAUAUACUCUUAAUAUCAAUCGAGUCACCUUAUAUAACCAUUAGAUAUGGCAUCAAGCUCAAUGUCAGCUACUGGAUCAUGGAGUGCUAAGGACAACAAGGCCUUUGAAAGGGCUUUAGCUGUUUAUGACAAGGACACCCCGGACCGUUGGAAAGAUGUUGCCCGUGCUGUUGGCGGGAAAACUCCUGAUGAAGUGAAGAGCCACUAUGAGCUCCUCCUCAGAGACAUUAGCCAAAUUGAAUCAGGCAAAGUGCCAUACCCAAAUUACAAGAAAAGUGCAGAGCAUGAUGAAGAGGAGAAAAGGAUGAGAAACCUGAAGAUCCAGUGACCGGCCAAUAGGAAUCAACAACAAAUAUUAAUUUGUGAUUUUCACCAUCCAGCAAGUUUACUAGAAUCCUGGAAGUAGCGCCUGCUGUUACGUAAUAUUAAUACGUAUGCUAUAGCAUUGGACUAAUAUUGUUUCAUAAGAAUCAUAUCCAAUGAUUCCAAUUUGUACGUAUUGGCUUGUCGUUGCAGCUGUUUAGAAGAAUCAACGAUUCUGUUGUAGUUCCCAUCCAUAAUAAAGUCAUAAUUUUAUGUGCUUAAA